AUGGAGGCCAAAUCUCCUCUGCAUUUCGAAGGACAGAAGCACCCAAGUGAACACAGAUUCAGCGACAUGAAUACCUACAUCUGUUUAACCGCUCUCUUACUAGUCAGCGUCAACGCUGCAGGGAAAUAUGGCGGAGGAAGUGGUGGAUUUGGUGGAGGUAGCGGGGGAAGCGCUGGAAGUGGAGGUUUCGGAAGCAGUGGAGGGUUUGGAGGAAGUGGUGGACUCGGUGGUAGUGGAUUUGGAGGGAAAGGAGGAUUUGGUGGUAUGAGCGGAGCAGGUAAUGGAGGAUUUGGAGGAGCUGCUGGACUCGGAGGUAGUGGAGGAUUUGGUGGAAAUGCAGGUGGUUUUGGUGGAAAAGGUGGAAGCUUUGGAGGAAAUGGUGGAUUCGGUGGAAUGAACGGAGGUGGAUUGGGAGGAAGCGGUGGAUUUGGAGGAAGCAGUGGAUUCGGAGGAAUGAGUGGUGGUGGCUUGGCAGGAAAAGGUGGAUUCGGGGGAAUGGGUAGCGGUGGAUUUGGAGGAAUGGGCGGAAAAGGUGGAUUCGGGGGAAUGAGCGGUGGCGGCCUUGGAGGAAGUGGUGGAUUUGGAGGUAAUGGUGGAUUUGGAGGUAAUGGUGGAUUUGGAGGUAAUGGUGGAUUUGGAGGUAAUGGUGGAUUUGGAGGCAAAGGUGGAUUCGGAGGAAUGAGCGGCGGAGGAAGCGGUGGAUUUGGAGGAAGCAAUGGUGGCGGAUUCGGAGGUAAUGGAGGCUUUGGUGGAAAUGGAGGAUUCGGUGGACAAGGAGGUGCCAAAUACUAA